UAAUGUGUGCAUAGGUCGCAAGAGAUGAAACAUCUAAUAAUUGCGAUCAUUGCCGUGCUUAGUGCGGUGCCUCAGCAGCAGUUCCUCAGCUCUGCGGCUGCAGGCUGCCCACGCCGCUAUCUGAGACGCAUCAAUGGCAAAUGCUACUACUUUUCGGUUAAAAAGUUGAAUUGGUAUGGCGCAUUGAACAAUUGUUUGCGCAAGGGUCUGACGCUGGCCGAUCUCAGCAAUCCCCGAGAUUUCUACGGCGCCAUUGACUUUCUCAGCUCCAAAGGCAAUACGGAGGACUUUUGGUUCGGUGGCAACGAUUUGCAUCAUGAGGGGCGCUUCCAGUACAUAAGCACUGGACGCUUGGUGCGCUUCUAUAGCAAUUACAGCAUUGUGGAGCCGGCGGAGAACUCCGAGUGCGAUGAUUGCUUGGAGGUGCGCAUACGCUCCAAUAUCACCGUUGUGGCCGAUGACAACUGCCUGGAGCGGCAGUAUUUCAUAUGCUCUGAGCGCUAUUGUGGACCCGGCGAGGGUCCGCAAGCUGCCAAGCCGCGUCAUCACAGUCACGAGCAUUUGCAUCACUUCCAUCAUGACAUUGGUGAGGCAAGUGUGGCCGAAGAUGAUGAAUUUGAAACGCAGGAUCCAACGCGAGAUGACGACGCGCAUGAGGACAAGUCUGAAGAGGCCGUUGCCAUUGAUGAUGUGACAGAUGCAGCUCCAGCUCCUUCCGGUGCUAGUGGCGAAAAGGCAGAUGCGGCCGAAGGUGAAACCACUGCUGCUGAGGGUGAGGGUGGGGAAACAACUGCUGCGGCAGAGGGACAAGAGACAACGCCAGAAGGAGGCGCGUCGGCGACAGCAGAAGGAGAUGCUUCGGCAACGACAGCAGCAGGAGACGCUGCUUCGCCAGCAGAAGGAGACGCUACUACCCCAGCGGCAGAUGCUUCGCCAGCAGAAGGAGACGCUACUACGCCAGCAGAAGGAGAUGCUACUACGCCAGCGGCGGGAGACGCUACUACGCCAGCAGAAGGAGAUGCUACUACACCAGCGGCAGGAGACGCAACUACGCCAGCGGCAGGAGAUGCUGCUUCGCCAGCACCAGAUGCGGCUCCGCAAGCGCUAGAAUCGGCUGCGCCAGCGGCUCCGUCAACAUGAGAUGGAUCAAAAUGAAUUGAGUAUAACAAAUAAAUGAAAAACAAUUUGAGUGUGUCAAAUAUAAGAAUCAGUUGUCUCUAUGGAAUAAAGCUGUCUGACUCGAU